AUUAAAACCUGUUAACACUCUUACGUAUAUAUUAACAGAUAAGGCAUAUUAAUCUGGAUAUAGGAGCAGGGGUGGACUGACAACUCAUGGGGCCUCGGGCAAUAGGGGAUCAUGGGGCCCCUGUGUCCUUGCCCAAACUCAAAAAAGCCUAUGAAAAAGGUACCAGGGGCAUCUCAUGGGGCCCCCUACUGACCCGGGCCCUCGGGCAGUGCCCGAGUUUCCAAAUGGUCAGUCCGCCCCUGGGU